UUGACCUACCAGUGCCGCAACUUCCUCAGCCUCAAGGAUGAGAAGGAGAGUGACGAUUCUGCCCUUAGGGCCGCCGAUGCCGCGCUUGAGAAGAUCAAGAAGGCGGAAGAAGAGACAGAGAGCGGAGAUGACGGGGAUGAGAGCGAGAGCUCGGAUUCGUCGGUGGAUCCGGAGAUUGAGAGGAUAAUUGCGGAGAGAUUUGGGAAGCCGAUGAGCAAAAAGGUGGGAUCUUUGAAGAAGAAGAGGUCAAAUUCAAGCAGCGAUGAUGAUGAUGAUGAUGGUGAGGAGAAAAGGAAGGACAAGCAUGAGAGGGGUCGUCGUCGUCAUCGUAGAAAGAAGAGGGACUCGGAUGGAGAUGAGUCUGAUUCUGAUAGGAAUCGAAAGCGUAGGCGAAGGGGAAAGAGGAGAGUGAGUGAUUCUGAGAGCAGCAGUGACGAAUCUGAUGGGCAUCGAGGGGGGAGGAGGAGGCGCCGGCGCCGGCGUAAAGAGAGGAGGUCGGUUUUGUCGAGUGAUUCGGAGAGCACUGCCUCGAGUUCCGACGAGGAUGAGCGAAGAAAAAGAAGAGAAAGGAGGAGGAGGAGGAGAGGGCAUAAGAGAGAGCAGGGUAUUGAAUCAAUUGAUAGGAGGUAAAACAUUGUAUCCUUUGAAUGUUUUCUUC